CCCGCCAUCUUGGCUCUUGUCCGCUAAUCGGUUGUCGCUGGGAACUCGGCGGCUCGAGGCUUGCGACGUUCGCGUUAAGAAACAAAAAAAACCCCACGAAAAACAUUUACAACAACAACACAACAAAAACACGCCACGAACAACAGCGACUUUAACUGAUCCGACCACUUCGCUGGCCGUCGUUAAAAGUUGCUGGCGGAGGCGACGGGUAACGCCGCUGAGUGAAAAUGUUGAGCUGCUGUUUAGCGCAGAUUCGUGGGAUCUUUUGACGCUCGGACAACGCCAGUGAUCCUAAACCUAAACGGCCUUGUAAUAAAACAUAAAAAAUCGCAACAUAGUAAAAAAAAAAACACAGACCCAGAAAUCUUCCUCCUUCCUCCCCCGUUAAAAAGCGAAACACAACCGUGAGCAUUUUGCUCUUAAUCCAACAAUUCUUUGAGCCCCGGUUGACUCGUACGGCUUUCAAAACGGACGGCGCAAUGGCCACCUCCUCGCUCCGGCGGCAGAUGAAGAACAUCGUCAACAACUUCUCGGAGGCCGAGGUGAAGGUGCGCGAGGCGACGUCUAACGACCCGUGGGGCCCCUCGAGCUCGCUCAUGUCCGAGAUCGCCGACCUCACCUACAACGUGGUGGCCUUCUCGGAGAUCAUGAGCAUGAUCUGGAAGCGCCUCAACGACCACGGCAAGAACUGGCGCCACGUCUACAAGGCCCUGACGCUGCUCGACUACCUGAUCAAGACGGGCUCGGAGCGCGUGGCGCAGCAGUGCAAGGAGAACAUCUUCGCCAUCCAGACGCUCAAGGACUUCCAGUACGUGGACCGCGACGGCAAGGACCAGGGCGUGAACGUGCGCGAGAAGUCGAAGCAGCUGGUGGCGCUGCUGCGCGACGAGGACCGGCUGCGGGGCGAGCGCGAGCACGCGCUCAAGACCAAGGAGCGCUUGGCGCAAGGCGCCACGGGCAUGGGCAGCAACAACAAGGUGACGUUCGGCCGAGGAUCGAGCCAGCCCAACCUGUCCACGAGCUACUCGGACGAGUACGGCAAGGCGGGAGGAUCUCCGGCGUCGUACCACGGCUCCACAUCGCGCAUACCUUCAGACCUGGAGCAAGCCCGACCUCAGACGAGCGGCGAAGAGGAGCUCCAGUUGCAGCUGGCGCUCGCCAUGAGCCGAGAGGAGGCCGAACAGCCGACGGCCCCGCGGGCCCCUCCCGCCAACGAUGAAGAGCUACAGCUGCAGCUUGCGCUGAGUAUGAGCAAAGAAGAGCAUGACAAGGAGGAGCGGAUGCGACGUGGGGACGACCUGCGCUUGCAGAUGGCGCUUGAGGAGAGCAAGAGGGCCAAGCUCGCCGCCAAGAAGGAGGAGAGCUCCCUCCUGGACCUGGUGGACGCGUUUAGGCCGACCGUCCCUCAGCCCAGCGCUGAUCCGUGGGGCGCUACUCCUCCCCCACCGGCCCAGGCCGAUCCGUGGGGGGCGGCGGCUGCUGCCGGGGGCGCCCAGGCUGACCCCUGGCCAACCAUCGCGGGCAGAGGCGGCGUCCAGGCCGUGUCGGCGCCGGACCCUUGGCUCACGUCCCAGCCCAAGGCCGCCGACCCGUGGAGCGCAACAGGCGGCGGCGCCGGCGCCGGCAUCGGCAUCGGAGGGCCCUCGCCCACGCGCUCGGCGCACUCCGACCCCUGGGGACCCCCGCCCUCCAAGCCCUUGGCUGCUGCGGACCCGUGGGGGGGGAGCGGGGGGGGCACUCCGUCGCAGGCGAAGCCGGCCGACCCGUGGGGGUCGAUGCACUCCCCCGCGUCGUCACAAUCAGGUGCCUUUGACCCUUUCACAGGGGUGAACGGCUCGGCUGGGGACGACCUCUCGGAAUUCGACAGCAUCCGCUCGUCGUCGCGAGGACACCGCGGCAUGGCAGGCGGCAUGGACCUGCUGGGUGGGGACGACUCGGGCAGCCGGAGCCCGGACGCCUUUGAGCUGUCGGGGCUGUCGAACUCGCUGUCGCAGCAAGGCAUGAUGGCGACGCCGUCGAGCCGCAAGACCCCCGAGUCGUUCCUCGGGCCCACGCGGCGCUCGGUCAACCUGGACUCGCUCGUCAGCAAGUCGGCGCCGCCGCCGCCAGUCCCGCAGGCCAAGAACCCCUUCUUGGGGGUGGCGCCGGCUCCGGCACCGUCCGCCUCGUCCACCCCGUCGGCCACCAACCCGUUCCAGCUGAACCAGCCGCCGUCGCUCACGCUCAAUCAGCUGCGCUCCAGCCCGGGGCUGCCCGCGCAGGCGUUUGCGGGCGGCGCCGUUCCCCUCGCGCCCAUGCCCCUCGUGGGCGGCCCGCCGCUGGGCGUCAUCGGCAUGGGCCCGAUGCCCAUCGGCAUGCCCGUGAUGCCCGUGAUGCCGGGCAUGCCCGGCGGCGCCCUGCCCAUGAUGCCGCCGGGCAUGAUGGGAAACAUGCCCCUCUCCAUCCCCGGCGUCAUGGGGACGUUGCCCCCGCAGCCGCUGGCGUGGGCCGGCGACGUCUCGUCGGCGCAGUCUGGCCAGCCCGGCGGCACCAACAACCCCUUCCUUUUGUGAGGGCCGUGGUGCGGCGGUGGCGGUGGCGGCGGCGGCGGGCAAAGGAAGGGCGCUGGCGGUUGGGGUUUUGUCCGCACGUGGCGACUCGCGAGUGGGACUCUUGCGUGUCGCGCCAACGAGCGGAUGGACCCCGCCGUGGCCCCCGUCCCCUGGCCCCCCCCAGCCUAGACGUAACUGACGCGACUGCGGCACGCAACGGGGGGGCGGGGGGGGGGGCUGUUCUGCCGGAGCCUCUCGACAAUGCUCGCGGACUCGGUGGCUUCCGAGUGCCACGAAGAGGAACACUCGACCCUCGGCGCUGUGAAGGCAGCUGCUCCGGUUUCCCCCCCACCCACCCCCCCACACUACGUUGAUUUCUCUCCGUUUGCUCGCUCGCUCGCUCGUCGGCCGGCAAGUCGGUGAGUGAACGAGAGAGAGCGGGGUUUGGUGCGUUUUCUGGCAACUUAAAGCAGCACACUGACUGCAGUGCCCGCCCGCUCUAUUGCAACGGUAAAUGCAAUGGAUGUUAAUGCGAGUGGCGGUGGUGGCAGUAGCUGUGGUUGGUGUGUAGGGGCUGCACGGGAACCGUGGUGGCGAACCUUUGCGUCGAGGUACAAUUUGUGCAGUAACGUUAGGCGGCUGUACUUUACCACUCUUCAUUGGCCGGUGUAGGUUUCGUUUAAAACAUUUUAUUUUGUGGGAGUGCGUAGUUAUUAUUAUUCCACCGCUGUUAUCAUUAUUAAUGGGAUUUUUAAUAUUCAUGGUUUUUUUAAAUUGUAAAAAAAAAAACUAUAAUUAUAUUUUGCAAAACGACUAACUUCUGAUGAUACAGUACUGGGCUUAUUUCCUACAUGUUUAUUUUUUUUUGCCCCAUGCUCAUUUUUCCUUUAAAGGUGAGGCGUUCUCCGCCCGGAUUUUUCCUGGUUUUAGCAGUUGAAUAUUUAUCUUCUAUUAUAAUUUAUUGUGUAUCAUCCCUGCAUGUGGUGACUGUAUUUCUCAACGCACACAGUACCCGCGUCUCCGUCUGCCGCAGCGUCACGCCCGAGGCCGCCGCUUCGUCUGCGCAGCGACCCUCUGAAACGUUCACGUGUCCUCCGUCGGCCGCUCCGUCCACUCGACUGUAUUUGCAUAAACCACUGUUGACCUACCGUCGGUCGGUUACCACCGUUAACGAACUCCACAUUAGUGCCAUUUUAAAAACGUUAGUAAUAGCCAGGACCGGCGGCGGGUCGAGGUUUGUGCGAAUGGCUUUCUGGAAAGAAAAAAGGAAUUUCAUACCACAUUUUGCAAUUCCGUGUAUGUACACAUUAAUAUAAAUGCUUCUGUAUAAACGUUAUGCCAAUAGGUUGCUGGAAAAAGUGGGUGUAAAGAGAGUGUUCGGAGUGUUGUUAAGUGGUUUUCUUUUUGCUUCUUUGCUCAGUUUAAGACAUCGGCUACCACCGCAGGGCAUGUUACAGCGCGACGGAUGACCCCGUGGUCUGGUCCGGAUCGCACCAGUGGGAACAGGGGGGUGGGUGUUGAACAGGAAUCGUGUUCUUGAUGGAAUUGGAUCCCAGUGCAAGUUGACCCAGGCGAUUGGACUGUACACACACACAGCUGUUGAUGAGUCCACAGUCGACAACGUGGACGCUUUUGCCAUCUGUUAUCAGCCGGCUGAUGGGCGAGCGACGAGUUGCACGCAACGGUGUCGACGCUGGGUGGCAGUGGGGUUGGGGAUCGUGCCAAAAUUGCACGGGACCCAUCGGCUCCCGUGGGAAUACAGCAACGUGAAGAAGGGUAAUCCAGUUGCGUUUAGUUAUUUUUUGGUUGUUUGGUUUUAUAUAAAUAGCUACCAUUAAUACGCCUUUGCCCAGGAGAGCCUCACCGAGUUUUAGUGACGAAAAACAUUUAUUUCAGAAGGGAAUUUUGGCAAAUUACCGAGUGGUUUGUUUUCUAUGCUUCACCUGUAAAUUUGUGUGAUCACGAAAUCGUUUUACUGUAAUCUUUCAUUUUUUUUUUCUAAGCGUUGGAUCUUAUCCCCGUGUCAUUUGCGUCCGUGUGCGCGCACGCAUGAGCGUUAGUGAGCAAAGAAAAACAAGAGACGUCCUCCCGUAUCUCAAAACACUCUCUGCCAACCACUUGGUGGCGAGACGAAUUGGCGCUGGGUCUUGUCGGGGUCUACCCUCUCCGUCUGCUGGACGGCACCACGACCCUCGUGGGUCGUUUGAACGCGCGCACCGCGCUCAACCAGUACCACCCCCUCCAUCGCUACACUUUGAGUUGUUCGCUCGUUGCUUUGCGCACUUGGACACGCGUGGGUGUGGACCCACUGCUGUUCCGGGUGACCGCCGCGUGCGGUGGUGGAUCAGCGGUUGGCGCGAAAUCUUGUUUAAGCGACAUCACCAAAUGCCAUUAACUUUCUUUUUUCGAAUGUUCGUGAGGUUUUCGCCCCGUGAGCGGACCGCCUGCUCGCUUGCAUUGACCUGGCCCGACCUGUAUCGCACGAGCGCGCAACCACGAGGCGCCAAUGUUUGCACCCACGUCAACUGAAUGCCUCACCAAGUCUUGUGUGACCGCCCCCCCCCCUCGUCCCCAAGCGAGUGUGGAGUCACAUGUUUGGCCAAUUCCUUACAGUAUUUUGCACGUUGGAGGAAACUUGGGAAGUGCCGCAGGAGGAAAACCUGCACCGUACGAGGGGGAUGACGCUGACAAGUACACCCAACAGGUUGCCGCAGAUGACUUUUUAAGAUUCGGUCCUACAAGUCGUCCUGCCGUUUUCAUAACCGUGUAUGAAAGGGAAUGGAGUUGCGCUCACACUCAAGUUUAUUGGAAUGAGGGCGUCUGUCUCCCGACCCGUCGCCACAAGCGUUAGGACGGUGCUCAACUCCGUCGGCAGUCUCGAGCCACUCCACAUUCCUAUGGUGGGGAAGCACACGUUUUUUGAGUGUGGUCAUUAAAUGUGGCGGACAGAUGCAUACGACCAUCACAGACGAGUGGCACCACUUAGCAUCGGGGCCCGGCGCAGAUAUUUCACUCGCUAGUAGUGCUUCAAGUGGCAAAAACGAAGAGGUAUUUUAACGUGAUGACCAAACACCGUUUGCACCACGACCACCUUCCAGCGGAACCCCACCGCGGAGCAGCGUGAGAUCAGCUCACGCAAGGAGCCGGAUGGAUUGUUGCAUAACUGAUGAUGAUGGUGAUGAUGAUGACGACGAUGACGACUUGGUAAUGUUGUGACAUGUUGACUUUUAUUAAAAAUCAUAAAGAAAUUGAUACGCGUGGUGACGCACUGCAUUGUGGACCCGGGCCCCAGCUGAGUUUCGAUUCCUGGCCGCAGCUUCCAGCGCGGCGGGGCGAGCGAUGUAAGAAACCAAACGACAAUAAAACCUCCUGGGCUGGUCAAACAAGCUGGGUAGGCGGUCAGCCAGCAGUGGGAUUGACCGCUGUAUUUUGUGAGCGUUGCCACCCUUUGUGUGGUUGGCCGCGCGCUGCAUCUGCUCCGUAGCUCAUUGACUCAAAAUGUUUUUUUGCCAAAAAACGCCGUCAGCUCGCGGUCCACCCACCGCUCCGGGUUUACCAGGCUUGUUUCACAUCAAUACUUUUUGAUUUUUCGGUAAAGUCACGUAGGUAAAAAAAUAAAAAACAACUAAGGCAGACUUAGGCGGUUGUUAUUUCGCUGUCUGUCACCUGAAGACGGACGCUUGUGUUGCGCCCGAAACGUGAUUUAAUUUAGUUUUUCAUUUUAAAUUUUUUUAUUUAUAUUUUAUUUUUUCACCUACGUGACUUUACCGAAAAAAACAAAAAGUAUGGAUCCUUGCAGUCACGAAAACUUCAAAUCUAGAAUUGUUUCACAUCGUCAUCUGCACGCGCUGCACGGCUCCCAUGAUUGUGUUAUUCGUGUCCGAGGCGACCCGGGUGCCGAUUCAAAUUGAAGGGCACCGUCAUUAAUUUUAUUUUAACGAAAUCUCUCCAAUUGAAUCGUUGGCUCUCUAGGCGCCCACUUGAGGGGGGGUGUGCAUUUUAGCACGUGAUGACUUUUAACGUGAAUUCAAAAGAAAAAUUUGGUAAUGCUGCGUUGGCUGCGUGCGUGUGUGUAACGAGCACAAUACAAAGAAUAUAACGCGUGACGUGUCGGGCAAUGAUUGCGUAUGAUGGCGAUACGUUCAAUGAGCUACAAUGCCAACGUCGAGGUCUGCUUCCCCACAAGAGGGCUUCGGCAGAGUUCCGUGGAGUUUGUCUGCGCCAGAGUUUGGGUUGCGUGGCCCCAGUUAUGAGUGAAAUGCGCGCAUCGGCCUCGUCGGCGUUCCGAAGCGGUGCAUGGUACAAUGACCCUUCUCUAUAGCACACCAGAAGAAAGGCCACUUGCCCGAAACGUCAGCUAUUCCCCCCUCCCAUUUAAGGCCACAGUAUUCGUGACGAAUGAGUGGCUUUUCGUGCGUGCGUGUGACUAUGAAUUCGAGCGACGACGAUGACGACGACUGGUUCACGCUGACGGCCGUACCGCGGUGUGUGUGUGCCAUGCGAGAGGUGGGGGGGGGCAAGAAACCUCGCGGCGAACCAAACAACCAUCACGAACGAGCCGGUGCCCACCGCCGUGGCCAGAGCGCGCCCCCUUGUGGACACAGACGGCACCGGUUCGCCUCCUGCCUGCGGGUGGCAGCGGUCGCAACCGGGUACCCGAUACCCGUACUCAUUUCGGGUAGUGAACGGGCACCCGUAUCCGGCCGGGUACGGGUACCCAUUUGCGACCCUGGUGCGGCCGGGUACGGGUAAGGAAUCAAAACCCGUUUGCGACCUCUGGCUGGUGGUGGUCACACGUGGGCUGGUGGGCACGCCGUUCACGCGGCGGUCGAUGGGUUCGUUCGCCUUCGAAGCUACCGCACGAGAGGGCGUAGAUCACGCGCACAUUGGCGCAUCCGUCUGUCCCGUUCACUGCCUUCCUUGGUGAAGACAUCUGGGCAUGAAAGGGUGGUCUUGUAUUGUGUACGAGUACAUCCAGCCAAGCGAUGGGACGGGGGGUCCAUCGAUGGGACGGAGCAGAUGAAAUUAGCUCUCUGCAGGUGCUAGGUAGGUUAUUGAUUGUAUCGCACUGAGUGAGAGGCCUUCAUCCAGCAGUGGAUUGUGAUGAUGGUGAAGAAAGUCUGUCCCCGUUUUAACCCUUUUUUUUUAUGAGAAACGCGAAUCCCCAUGCUGUACGUAAUGGAUGCGUUUCUGCGCUGUAUAUUUUCUCUCGUUUAAACUUUUGCAUCCUGAACCAAUUUGAAACGUAGGUAAAUGUGCACACGUGCCCGCAACGAACACACUCGCACACAGCCGCCGCGGAGACCCUGAAGGCAGUGAAGAUAUUUUUUUAAACAUUGUCAACGCGUAUGUAAAUACUAUGUAACCUUGCUUAUGUUGCAACAAUAAUAACUCUUACAUUUCGAUUUAAAGCUUUCGUGACUGCAGGGAUUCAUCUUCUUGGUUCUUUCGGUAAAGUCACGUAGAAGGGAAAUAAUAAAAUAAUAAAAAUAAAAGAUAAUUAAAUAAUUCUCACGGCGUUUCUGCUUGCGUUGUGGCCGUAACGUCGUGAGAAUUAUUUUAUUAUUUUUAUUUUUAUUAUUUUAUCAUUUUCCUUCUACGUGACUUUGCCGAAAGAACCAAGAAGAUGAACUCUUACAUUAUUAUUGCUAACACGCGCCACACACCAACAGCGGUGAGAUUGCAUUUGGAUCCAUUCACGGGGUUUACUUUCAUUAAAAAAAUGUUUUACUUUAAACGAUAAUUAUAACAAACGGGAAGGUAAAUGAACAAGCAUAGAUAGCGUUGUCUUUGAAGCCGUCGUGAAUGUCAUCGUCAAUGCAGAUCGACAAAGAUACAACAGCCGGUUUUUUUGUUAUUAUUUUCACUUCGGUUUUAAUUUUAUUUUGCUACUUUUAUGAACAUCGAAUUCACUGUGGUAUGGAACUCUUUAGUAACGCCGAUCCCAGCGAGUUUAUGGUAACCGAUGUAAUAAUAAGAACAUGUCGACGGCGAAUGAUGAUGAUGAUGAUACUGGGUUGUCGCCUGAUGCAUUAGAAACUUAAAUAAAAAAAAUACUCAACGUUGUA